CAUUCCAAGCCUCGCGACAGUUACUAGCCCUGGGACUAGCCGUUGAGCUCGCGCUUGCGCACAGAUUACCUCGUGCCUUCCCGCGUUUUUCUAGACUCUUCCAUCACCGGAAAGGAAGCAGCAGGCGCCUGUGUCAGAGCUGGAUCACUAUGCCUAUCCUGCGAUCUUCCUCCUCCUCCCAUCUCCAUAGUUCCUCCUCACCAAGCAAUGUGUCCUCACCGCUGCAAAGAGCUAUGGGCAGUGCACAGAGGGCCUUGUCUUCUGCUUCUAGUUCCUCAGUCAAUCUGCCCUGUGUUGAUGGAGACUCAGACCAUACUUCAGAGGGGGAGAGUGACUCUUUGUCAGCUGAUGAAGGCAGUGACUUUGAAGACAGCCUGAGGCACAACGUGAAGAAGAGAGCAGCAAAACGACCACUUAAAACGACCCCAGUGGCAAAAUAUCCAAAGAAGGGAUCUCGAAUGGUACGUGGUCAUGGCCAAAAAGAAUCAGAGGCACCGGCCAAUGAUCUCUUUGAUGCUGUGAAAGCUGCCAAAAGUGACAUGCAGUCUUUGGUGGAUGAGUGGCUGGAUAGCUACAAGCUAGACCCAGAUGCAGGAUUCCUUGAGCUCAUUAACUUUUUCAUUCGAUCUUGUGGAUGUAAAGGCACUGUGACCCCAGAGAUGUUCAAGAAGAUGUCUAACUCAGAGAUCAUCCAGCACCUAACAGAACAGUUUAAUGAGGACUCAGGGGACUAUCCCCUGACAGCUCCAGGUCCAUCCUGGAAGAAGUUCCAGGGAAGCUUCUGUGAGUUUGUGAAGACUUUGGUCUAUCAGUGCCAGUACAGCCUCCUCUAUGAUGGCUUCCCCAUGGAUAACCUCAUCUCUCUGCUCACUGGCCUCUCAGACUCCCAAGUCCGUGCCUUCCGUCAUACUAGCACUCUGGCUGCCAUGAAAUUGAUGACCUCUCUGGUAAGAGUUGCCCUUCAACUGAGUCUGCAUAAGGACAACAAUCAGCGUCAGUAUGAGGCUGAACGAAACAAGGGGCCAGGGCAGAGAGCGCCUGAGCGACUGGAGAGCCUAUUGGAGAAACGCAAAGAGCUCCAAGAGCAUCAAGAGGAAAUUGAAGGGAUGAUGAAUGCCCUCUUCAGAGGUGUCUUUGUACAUCGGUACAGGGAUGUCCUUCCUGAGAUCCGUGGUAUCUGCAUUGAAGAAAUCGGGUGUUGGAUGCAAACCUACAGUACCUCUUUCCUCACUGACAGCUACUUAAAAUAUAUCGGCUGGACAUUGCAUGAUAAGCACCGAGAAGUUCGUCUGAAGUGCCUUAAGGCUCUGAAAGGGUUAUAUAGCAACCGAAACCUGGCGGCACGGCUGGACCUCUUCACCAGCCGCUUCAAGGACCGCAUGGUUUCCAUGGUUAUGGAUAGAGAGUAUGAAGUAGCAGUGGAGGCUGUCAGGUUGCUAACACUUAUUCUUAAAAACAUGGAAGGAGUGCUGACAGACACAGACUGUGAGAGCAUCUACCCUGUUGUAUAUGCCUCUAACCGAGCCUUGGCCUCUGCAGCAGGAGAAUUUCUGUACUGGAAGCUUUUCUACCCUGAGUGUGAGACAAGAACCAUGGGUGGGAGAGAGCGACAUCGAAAUCCACACACCCAAAAGACUUUCUUCUACCUUCUGCUGUCCUUCUUUGUGGAGAGUGAGCUCCAUGACCAUGCUACUUACUUGGUAGACAGCCUGUGGGACUGUGCUGGGCCUCAGCUGAAGGACUGGGAGAGUCUGACAAGCCUGCUACUGGAGAAGGACCAGAACCUGGGUGAUGUGCAAGAGAGCACACUGAUAGAAAUCCUUGUGUCCAGUGUCCGGCAAGCUUCAGAGGGUCAUCCACCUGUGGGGCGAGUCACUGGAAGGAAGGGCUUAACCUCUAAAGAACGUAAGGUUCAAGCUGAGGACAAGGUGAAGCUGACUGAGCACCUCAUCCCUCUGCUACCCCAGCUCCUGGCCAAGUUCUCAGCUGAUGCAGAAAAGGUUGCUCCCCUGCUCCAGCUCCUCAACUACUUUGACCUCAACAUCUACUGCACUAGGCGCUUGGAGAAGCACUUGGAGCUGCUCUUGCAACAACUCCAGGAGGUGGUGGUGAAGCAUGUGGAGCCAGUGGUGCUUGAAGCUGGAGCUCAUGCCCUCUAUCUGCUUUGUAAUCCUGAGUUCACUUUCUUCAGUCGGGUGGACUUUGCCCGUAGCCAGCUAGUGGAUCUACUGACCGACCGCUUCCAGCAAGAACUUGAAGAGCUCCUUCAGUCAUCCUUCUUAGAUGAAGAUGAGGUGUAUAGUCUGGCAGCCACUUUGAAGCGGCUCUCUGCUUUCUACAACGCUCAUGACCUAACUCGAUGGGAGCUCUAUGAGCCAUGCAACCGACUCCUCCAGAAAGCUGUAGACACAGGAGAGGUUCCUCACCAGGUGAUCCUGCCAGCCUUGACUCUUGUCUAUUUUUCCAUUCUCUGGACACUCACCCAUAUUUCUGAAUCAGGUGCUUCCCAGCUGCUGUCUCCACAGAAACAGCUGUUGAGUUUGAAGGACAGAAUGGUGGCCUUCUGCGAACUCUGCCAGAACUGCCUCUCAGAUGUAGAUACUGAGAUCCAAGAGCAGGCUUUUGUCUUAUUAAGUGAUCUACUUCUCAUCUUCAGCCCUCAGAUGAUUGUAGGGGGACGCGAUUUCCUCAGGCCCCUUGUCUUUUUUCCUGAAGCUACUCUCCAGUCUGAGCUAGCCAGCUUCCUCAUGGACCAUGUCUUCAUCCAGCCUGGAGACCUGGGCAGUGGUCAUUCCCAGGAGGAUCAGUCACAAAUAGAGCAGCUCCACCAGCGGCGCCGCCUCCUAGCUGGGUUCUGCAAGCUGUUGCUAUAUGGAGUGCUGGACAUGGAUGCAGCCUCAGAUGUUUUCAAACACUACAACAAAUUCUACAACGACUAUGGUGACAUUAUCAAGGAAACCUUAACUAGAGCAAGACAGAUUGACCGAAGUCAUUGUUCCCGAAUCCUGCUGCUGAGCCUCAAGCAGUUGUACACAGAACUGCUGCAGGAGCAUGGGCCCCAAGGCUUGAAUGAGCUUCCAGCCUUCAUUGAAAUGAGGGACUUGGCCCGAAGGUUUGCCCUGAGCUUUGGACCCCAGCAACUGCAGAACCGUGACCUUGUGGUCAUGCUACACAAGGAAGGCAUCAAGUUCUCCUUGUCUGAGCUUCCUCCAGCUGACUCAUCGGAUCAGCCCCCAAACCUGGCAUUCCUGGAACUCCUUUCAGAGUUCUCCCCUCGACUCUUCCAUCAGGACAAGCAACUGCUACUCUCCUACCUGGAAAAGUGUCUGCAGCAUAUCUCCCAGACACCUGGUCAUCCCUGGGGUCCAGUCACCACCUAUUGCCACUCCCUCAACCCUGUAGAGAACACAGCAGAGGCCAGCCCUCAAGGCUAUCCCCGCUCCAAGAGGAGGCGAACAGAAGGCCCCUCCAAGCAUAACAGAGAGGACAUCUUGUCCCACCAGGAAGAAAGCUUACAGUUGAACAGCAUCCCUCCCACACCCACCCUCACUUCUACAGCUAUGAAGAAUAGACAGCCCUUGUGGGGAUUGGAAGAGGAAGAUGGUUCAGAGCCAGAGUUUGCCCAAGGUCAGCCUCUGUCAAGCCAAGGCCUGUCCCAGAAGUCAAGUUUCUUGGGUCUGCCAUCUUCCCAGACUCCACGCAAACCUUCAGGUCCUGGUCUGGGCCGCCAACUGACCCGACUCAGCCUUAUGGAAGAGGACAGUGAAGAAGAGUUAGAAAUUCAGAAUGAGUCAAGUGAAGAAUGGCAAGAUACAGACCAGCAGCCAAGUAGCCAUUCUUCUCUCAGUGAGCACAGGCUGGACCUCUUAGACUCUACAGAACUGAACAUUGAGAACAUGCGGGCCACACCCAUUCAGUGCCUGUGCAGCCUUCUGGCAGGUCUGCGUCCGAUGAAUGAGGGUGAAGCCAUCUGGAGGGAUGAGAGGAAAUCGAACUUGCAUAGAGGCAAUGAGAAACACAGGUGCCGUCCGUGCAGCCCCCGGAGCCUGGGCUGGAGGGGUACCAUGGGCAGGCCUCGACCCCUGGCCCUGCCCUGGGCGCUGCUGACCCUCUGCAUCACUGCUGGGACGCCUGAAGUGUGGGUGCAAGUUCAGAUGGAGGACACUGAGCUCCCAACUUUCACUAUCCACUGUGGGUUCCUAGGGUCUGGUUCUAUCUCAUUGGUGACUGUGAGCUGGGGGGGGCCUGACGGUGCUGGAGGGACCAGGCUGGCUGUGUUGCACCCAGAAUUUGGCACCCAACAGUGGGCUCCUGCCCGCUGGGCCCGCUGGGAAACCGGAAGCAGCAUUUCUCUCAGCCUGGAAGGGUCCAAGGCAAGAAGCCCCAGCUCCAAUACCACCUUCUGCUGCAAGUUUGCUUCCUUCCCUGAGGGCUCCCAGGAAGCCUGCAGGAGCCACCUGCCUGGCUCAGACCAAGGGUUUCCUGCCCCAACUCCAGCCCCCAUUUUGCCGGCAGACCUGGCCGGGAUUUUGGGGGUCUCAGGGGUCCUGCUCUUUGGCUGCAUCUACCUCCUACACCUCCUGCGCCGGCAGAGACAUUGGUCCGUCACCAGGCUCCAGCCACCCCUCACCAGCCCCCAGGGACAUAUGGAAGCUCAGGCAGCUGACCCAGCCUCCUUGUCCUCUCUGCACACCCCCUACACCACCAGCAUCAGCUCCUGCCCAGCAGUCCUAGACGUGGCCCACCCCCAGCAGCAGCUGUCUUGGUGGUCGCCGGUCCCCACCCACACACACCACACCCAGGCACCUACCCCCUGGACUACUCUACCUGCCUCUGCACACAGCAGUUUUAUCUUCGUUGAGAAUGGACUCUAUGCUCGGGCAGAAGAGAGGCCUCCACACACUGGCCCCAACCUUACCCUUUUCUCAGACAUUCUGGGGCCCAGAGCCAUGGAGGGGCACCUGGGAGUUUCAUGAGAGAGACUCCAGGACCACUUGGCUAUCCCCACUCCCAGGCCUCUGGGACCCUCCUCUGUUGAGUGCCCACCUUCUUGGCACAUCUCGUUUUAUUGUUGGACUCUGAUAAGUGUGUCCACUUGCCGCGGAUGUGGGCAGCACGUGUGCACGCAUGGGGACGUGUGGGCACAGUGUGAGUAUGUGAGGUGACAGAACCCUGUUCCAGGUGGUUUCCUGUUUUCAGCUCUCCCCAGCCCUCCCAGGUGAUGUCAGUAACUAAGUCAACACAGUGUUUCCUCUGACUUGAGCCUUGGCUGGGCCUUUUCUUCAUUGUGGUGUUGAAGAUAGGGCAAUUCAACCCCUGGAAGGCAGGAGCCAGGUUAGAACCCGAGUGGGAUCGGGUCUUGGCAUAGGGGUUGGAGUAGGCCUGGGGAGAAGUCAGUGUCCCCCUCUCAGUGAUCUCUCCCUGCCCUCCCCAAGUACAGGAGUUGGGGUUCCUGGGUCUUUGAGGCUAAAGUAGCAGUGUCAGGCAGGGUGGCUCUCUGACCAUGCAGAACUUGCUGGGGGACACCAGGGGCUGGGAAUAUGGGGAUUCAGUGGUCCCCAGGUGGAUGGUCCAUACUCAAAUGCCACCAAGUCCUCAGGGCUUCAACCCAAGAGAAGUCUCUGUGGUCUAACUGGGUGUCCCUGUGACAGGCCCCUUGAGAUGGCCUGGGCCCUGAUGCCUCCUUCCACAGUGCUCUCAUUCAGGGUAGGGCAGGAGGGGGCCUGAGGGAACCCACUUCAACUCUGUCCCCUGUCGCUUCCUCUAGCUUCUCUGUUAGGAGGACACCGAGCACUAGUCCCUGUGAGCACUCAGGCAGAGGCUCGCAGACACGGAGACUGAACACACACUUCCCUGCCUUACAUGUCCCAUCCAUGAGCCAAUCCUCCUCCUAUAAGCAGGUCCUGUGGCUUGGGCUUUAUCAUGCCUUAGCUACGUGAGACAGUGUGAGUAAGAGAGCUCUGUAAGCUGCGAGGCUUCUCAGGAACAUGGCAGGGUCUCAGGUGGUUCUGGAGCCAGGCUGGGGCUGAGCCUCUGGCUUAGGUGACUGUCAGUGGGGAGGGAAGGGCUUCUGCCACUCAGCCCCUUCCUUGGACCUAUGACAGGGAUGUGCCAGGCAGUGCCAGUUACCAAGCCAGGAACCCACAUCUGCCCACCUCAGGGAGGGCCUGCCCAGAGGCUGUGUCCACAGAAUUUUCUAGCAACCCAGCUUCCUACCCUAGGCAUGCUCUGAUGCAGCCUUCCCAGGCCCCAGGCCCAGCCCCCAGCCCAACCAUCGGGUCUGUACUGCAGUGAAGAAAGGUGGUUAAGGGAUGGCAGGGCCGCCUUCCUCUGCCAGUCAUCAUCACUCUCUUCCAAGAAGCCCUCAGCACUGGCCCAGUCAGCUCAGUGGUCUCUCCAGGGAUAGGAGCUCAAGGGAGAGAGGACAGAUGCUGCAGACCUCAGAGGAGGGGAGAAGACAUCAGGGAGGGAGGGAAUCAGGGCUCAACAUCCUUGGGGCCCUGUCCAGAAUAGAUGGACUUUGGGACAAGGGGGCUUGCAGGGUCUCAGGGGACACCUAAGCAGGAGCCCCAGAAGGGGCAGGUGGGCCAGAACAUGUUGACUCUGGGUGGACAGAAGCCCAAGCAUGCUGACAGGGCUUCAGGAGGUCUCCUAGGGACCACGAGGUGGUGCUCUGUGGUGACAGCACAUCACCAAGUGGUAGAUCUGACAUGGCUGCUGAGGGACUGGACUGUCGCAGAGAGGCGAGUGUGAGAGCCAGCAGGCACCCUAGGCAGAAAAUAGCUGGUUGCAGGCAGGGGAGUGGCCUCCGAGACUCUCUGGGCAGGGAUGGGGACAGAGCUGCAGCCUGCCUGCAUCUGCCACUGCAGCUGUACAGGCCCACAUUCCCCUUCCCACAGCAGCCAGCCCAGUGGCUACGUCAGACCUCGGGACCCAAACUCACACCCACCCCAGACCACACUCAGGCCAUCGUGAGCUGCCUUCUCACACCACACACCAGCCUACCCAGGACAGGCCAGUAGUCAAUCUUGGGACCCUGCCCACCUCAGCCAUCUACCCAAGCAACCCAGAGCCCUCCUUCCUCAGCCCAGCCCCCACCACCCUCCUGCUCACAUCCAUCCCAACUCUAGAGAUUUUACCCAGUCCUCAACCCUCUAUAGUCUUCCUCUCCAUCCCUUGCCACCACCUCUCCCCACAGCCCACUCCUAGCCACUAUCAGCUACAACUCAGUCCAGCAUACCUGCCCUCCCUCCCCUUAGCCAAACUCAGCAACCCUGCUCCUUCACUCUGUGACUGAUGGCUGACCCAGCACUCCCUGCCUCUCCUGCUCUGGCCCCUCAGCUGCCACAGGCCUGGACUGCCCUGCCCCCUCAGGCCCUUUUUCAGGACUAGGCAGCCACCUUCCUGCCAGGCCCUCAGGCUCCUGGCAGGGACCAGCCAAGAAGAGCCACAUACCCAGUGGAAGCUGGGGCCAGGGGCCAUGACUGCCCAGCAGUGGGUGAUCUCGGGCAGAUGGUCAGCUAUGGACCCUCAGACAUUUGUGGUGUGUGGGCACAGCUGAGAAAAGAAGGAAAGUUCACUUCUGCCUGCUUCUACCUCAAGAAGGCUGAAGACACUUCUAGAAAAAUUACAUUUUCCUUUCCCCACAGUCCCUUCAGCAAGAUGUCAGCCUCAUCCUGGUGGGGAGAGCCUCAAGUGGAGCCAGUCCCGUAGGUCACUGACGCUCCCCGCCUCCAGCCUUUCACCCACCCACACCUGUCCCAGGCUGGCAGUAUCCUCCAUGACAGGUGACCACUUGUGGCUCUCAGCCUCUAUUUCCACCUCUGCCCAAGGACACUUCUAGGUUAGACAGGGGAUUCAGCUGUGCAUGGAGUCAUCUAAGAAUUUUAUGAAGAUACAAUCUCCGGGGACCCACCUGCUACAGAGCUUUGGCAACUGAAAGUUGAGGCCCAGAGAUUCCACCCUCAGCCAGCCUGAAGCAACCUUAAUGGACUCAACAGGACUGGAGUUGCAAUCCUGGACCUGACAGACCUGACACCUGAGAGUCACCUGGGCCCAGCUUCUCUGAGCCCUGGUCUCCUCCUCUGCAAGGUGGUAAGGAGAGACAGGACCCUGCAGGUCCAGUCUCGUGUUAAGGGUUGAGGUGGGUCUAUAAAAGUCCUGCUCUCUGCAUAGGGAGGACUGUCAGCCCACCUUCACCCCCUGAACCCAAGAAGGACGUGCACCAAGGGAGCUGGCCAAGAGUGGAGGGGUCUUGGUUCUGCCUGAGGACAGCAGGGGAGGCCCUGCCAGGCAGGGAGGGAACAAGAGUAGCUGGGGGGAGGGGGUUCAAGUCCUAGAUCUGGGGCUGAAACCAUGAAAUCUUCAACGUGUCCCUCCUUGUCAUCUCUGAUAAUCCACUCUGGAGCAUCACUGGGCAACAACUAAUAUCUGCUUUUCCUCUGGUCCCAGGCAGCCCCUUCCCCUGGAGUAAAAAGAUGGGAUGUCACCCAGAAAACCAGAAA